UAAAGUUGCUUACGCUGCCACGAGCACCCACAGGACGACCACAUCGCAUCACUGGCCAUCAGCCAGCGAGCAUCCUGCAGACGCGAAGCGUGUGAUGGCUUUUCCACCAUCCGGUGCAAAUCAGGACUUGACGAAAAAAAUUCUGGAAGACAUUCAAAUCAAAAAGCAGCUGCUGCAGAAGGGUGGUAACUCGACCUCGGCCGGGUUUGCCAACCUGUAUACACCGUCCUCGGUAUUCUCCGGUCCACAGUACGCAGCCAACAACACCGGAGCACCACUGGCCACCGACGGGUGCGUGAACGCCGUGGCGAAAGCGGUCUGGAAUCAGGCGAUCACCCAAUCGUUCGGGUCCUUUAUACCUCAGGACUCUGUGUUCGGUAACUGCAUCCUGCCCGUUCUACCGCGAUACGAAAACCCACCGGCCAACUCUUUCAACAGCCCCUCGAAAACCUGA